AUGGCGGGAGGGAAAGUCCGGAAACAGAAGCGGGGCGGGACAGGGGGCGGCGGGCACCAGCACUAUCAAGGAGGGGUGCCGUUUGAGAAGUCCAAGGGGCAGCACAUUCUGAAGAACCCCAUGCUGGUUGAGACCAUCGUGCAGAAGUCGGGUAUCAAGCCGACCGACGUCGUCCUCGAGAUCGGGCCGGGAACGGGCAACCUCACCAAGAAGUUACUCGAGGCCGCGAAGUCCGUUGUCGCCGUCGAGAUUGAUCCGCGGAUGGUUCUAGAGUUGCAGCGCCGCUUCCAGGGCACUGCGCACUCCACUCGCCUCAAGGUGUGUGAUUUUUCAACCUUCCUCAUCGGAAUCUCUCCUUUUGCCGCAGUCAUUACAGCUUGGAUGAAUUCGGAUGAGUCUCUUCAUUGAAUUCUUCAAAAUAUCUGUGUAUGCCCAUCUAGGUUCUGCAUUUUUUAUGACAGAUAUAGUGAUCUCUUAACGAAAUGAUUGCGUUGUAUGUACUUUCUUGAGCGUUGGUAAGAUAAACUAAAUCGAAAAAAUACAUGGUGUGGUUUAUUUUCAUACAUGUAUGAUCGAAAUUUGGGUCUGAGAAGUAAUGGAGUCGAGUUUUUAGCCCAUGAAUUCCCAUGUAGAUUAUGGGUUAGCUAAGAAUCGAAUUAUACUUGAAUUAAAUUAAUAGGACGAGGUGUAGUUUUUUCAUAAUCAUGCAUGCCAUAUAAAUUAUAAUAUUUCUGAAAUUUUAAUAGUCGUCUUAAUCAUUCAGGUCAUCAACGGAGACGUUCUUAGGUGUGAUCUGCCCUACUUCGACAUAUGUGUGGCCAACAUCCCCUAUCAGAUCUCUUCACCCCUCACAUUCAAGCUUCUUUCUCACCGGCCAGCCUUUCGAUGUGCUGUGAUCAUGUUCCAACGAGAAUUUGCAAUGAGGCUGGUUGCAAACCCUGGUGACAAUCUAUACUGCCGCCUGUCAGUGAACACACAGCUUCUGGCGAGGGUCCAUCAUCUUCUCAAGGUGGGUCGCAACAACUUCAGGCCGCCGCCCAAGGUUGACUCCUCCGUGGUCAGAAUAGAACCAAGGAAGCCUCCCCCUUCUGUGAGCUUCAAAGAAUGGGAUGGUCUGGUACGGAUAUGUUUCAACAGGAAGAACAAGACCUUGGGUUCCUUAUUCAGACAAAAAACGAUUAUUACACAUCUGGAGAAGAAUUACAAGACUUUUCAAGCUCUGCAGGCCUCCUUGAAGGGUUCUGUGGAUGGGAACAAGGAGAGUGAGGAUGACAUCUCUGUUUUGGCGUGUGCGACUGAGGAUCAAGGGAUGGAGUUGGAUGGGGAGAAGGAUGAUGAGGACAUGGACCUAGAGGACGGCGAUGCAGGGGGCUGUUGCGAUGGAUCCAGUUUCAAGGAAAAGUUGCUUGAUGUACUCCAGCAGGGAGAUUUUAUGGACAAGAGAGCUUCGAAGCUCACGCAAGUGGACUUCUUGUACCUCCUGUCCUUAUUCCACCAGGCGGGCAUUCAUUUCUCGGGGUGA